CGCGCUAAAUCAACACCAUCGGUCCACCGUGCCCGGUCGGUGCGGUGAAAGAGGCACCGCGACCUCCAUUUUGACGGGAUUUUUUAUUAAUGACAGUUCGUUUCCCUCUUCUUCUUGAUCCCGCGACCCGACCAAUCCUCUUCCUCUCCGAUCUCCUCUCCUCCUCCUCCUCCUCCCCUCUCCCAAAAAUCCCCAACCCUUUAACCGACGAAUCGAAGAAAGGCGGGUGAUCGGAGAUCGCGGAGCGAAUUCCAAGAGCGAUCGGGUCGAAUCCUCCGUCAACAAGUGACAAAAAGGGUCAUCAAGAAAGAGAUCUUAAAGCAUCCAAGAAUCCCGUUUCCGAAACUGUACGCCAUCCAGCGAUUCCUCCACCCGCAGUUCCCGUCAUGGAUCGGUCCUUCCCGCUGGCUCCCCGAACCUAUGGUUCUUGAUCCUUUGGUUGAUGGCGGUGUGUUAUCGCGAGCGCGGGGAGCGACGGGUUGCGCGGCUUGUUCUUGGGGCUCUCGCUGGUCGGUGAAUCGUCGGGGUGCGCCUGAGGUUUGUGCCGAUGGCGAUGAAUUACCUGUACCUUUCUGUCUUCAGCACCGCGGCCAGCAUCGUCGGGCUGCAGUGGUGGACGGUCUCCUCGCUUGACGGGAUGAAGUCCGAUGGGUUGAUCACUUCUGACGGCGGUGGAGGCUCCAAGGAGAGCGCUGGGCGAGCGCUGGAGCUGCUGCUCAGCUCGCAUGUCACCGUGGCUCUGCUGGCGAAUUUUGUGAUCAAUGUGUACGUUCUGGUCGUGUUGCUGCUCAAGACUCUAUUCUUUGUGCAGUUGAACACAUCAGAGACUAGAAAAGUUUUGGAACGUUUUGUUAAUUACAUAAUAUACAAGGGAACCUUUCUUCCAUUGGUUGUGCCACCUAAUGUUUCUCAAGUCAUCUUAUGGACAAGCUGGUUGGUCUUUCUAUGUUCCCUCAAGAUUUUUGAAUCAUUAGCAAGAGAUAGGCUUGAAAGGCUAAAUGCAUCUCCUUCCGUGACACCUUCAAAGUACUUUCGUGUUUUUUCUGCCUUGUUGGUGGUUCUUUCUGCUGAUUUCCUAUGGAUGAAGCUGUGUAUGAUGAUCUACAGUUCAUACAGUUAUAGCUUGUUUAUGCUGUUGUUCUUUGAGCCUCUUUGUAUAGCUUCUGAGACAUUUCAGGCCAUUAUGGUACAUGGGUUUCAGUUGCUUGAAAUUUAUCAACGGCAUUCUAGUGAAAGUACUGUCGGUUGCUCAGACUACAUUCAAAAAACAGCAGCAGGUUCCCUCUCUGAAUGGAAAGGGAUUCUCAUAAGACACUGUGGUUUCAUUCUAGAUAUGUUGGCUUUAGUAAUGGCACUAGGUCAUUACUUAAUGACCUGGUGGCUUCAUGGCAUGGCAUUUCAUCUAGUGGAUGUCAUUCUUUUUCUGAACUUGCGUGCUCUUGCCAGUGCAAUUGUGAAGAGAAUCAGAACAUAUAUCAAUUUAAGGAAAGCCCUUAGUUCCCUUGAUGGAGCACUUCCUGAUGCAACAUAUGAAGAACUUUGUGCCUAUGAUGAUGAAUGUGCAAUAUGCAGAGGACCAAUGACAAGGGCUAAAAAGUUACCAUGCAAUCAUCUAUUCCACCUAGUGUGUUUGAGGUCUUGGUUGGACCAGGGUUUGACUGAAGUGUAUUCUUGCCCUACAUGUCGGAGGCCUCUUUUUGUUUCUAAUCCUCAAGGUGACACAAGGUCCGUUCCUGGAAAUGGAGUAGAUGACCAGCAACUUGCUGAACAUCUAAGUUUAAGAUUGAACCAACAGAGGAUUCCUGGUCAAGCACUACCUCUAGGAUCAUCUCCAAACCAGCAACAGAAUACUUCUGAUACAAUCUGGAGGGGAGCUGCAUUUGAUUCCAGUUUGGCACCUCCAUGGGUGAAUCAAGGAGUGGAUGGUGCUAGUUCAUCAAGUUCAGUCAGACCAGUAGGUUUUGGUGGGGUUCAAAUGAUGAUGAGGCAACUAGCGUCUGUCAGUGAAAACUUCGCUCAUGGUUCUCUAGAUGAUGCUGCUUGGAAUCUAUGGUCUUCUCAGCAUACCUCAAUUCCUUCUAUUCCUUCAUCUGCUUCCAUUAGGUUGAACAGAAAUGCUGCUGGUCAACGUAUUAGGAAUGCUUCACCCUCUGUAAACAAUAUGUCAGAGUUACUUGCUAUGGUAGAUAGAGUACGUGAGGUUUUGCCACACAUUCCGGAUGAACUUAUUGUACAGGAUUUGCUGAGAAGCAACAACAUCAAUAUUACUGUGAAUAAUCUUCUUAUGCAGUAACUGAGUGGAUAUGUUUAUAGCAUCUUUCAAGGUCUGUGCAAGCUUUGUAUAUUUAAGUGACUGAUAUAGACAAACACAAGUGCCUUUCACACUACUUUGCUGCAAUAAUUUCCUGUUCUUUCACCACGCUUUGGUGCCACAUACAUUCUUGUUUUAUACAUCGCAAUAUCUAAUUAAAAAAGAAGUUAUUCCUUGGAGAGGAAUAACCUUGCUGAAA